UGCGCGGGCACUGGAUUGGACCUGGUGGCGCUCGGCUUGGCGUGUUUCGUGCACGAAUUGGGGCGCGCCAGCCCUGGAGAUUUUAAUGAUUAGGGUCCUCAGGUUGGACGAUUUCGGCUGGCUUGAGCUUUUUCGCAAAGGGGCUCUGCCUCUGCACUCACACCUUCUCCCCGACCACCCCCAAGCACUGCUGCCGCUGUCUCAGACGACUGCAUCGGUGCACUGCCUGACGCUACACCCGUCCUACCGCCCCUCGAGCAGCCCGCGCUCGCCUACGUCCCUGCAUCAUCGCCCUCGCGCCCUUGCGUACAAACAUUCGAGCCCCGGGCCCCGUCCCCCUCCCGCCGGCCGCCAGCAGCACAUGCAGUCCGGCACGUCGACGCCGCCCGCGACGUGACCUCCAGCAUGCCCUUCUUCAGGAAUGUCUUCAGGUCCAAGGACGGAUCGCGGUCUGCGUCGAAGGCAGGCAAGUACGGCGACGGCGACAGCCCGCCCGCAGCGCAGCCGAAGCCGCGGUGGGAGGAUGCAUGGUCCCGCAAAGAUGUCGCGCCCGACGAGAUACGCGAGCUCAUACACGUCUGCACCCAGGAGAUGAAGUCAAGAGCCCUGGACAUCCCGUUUGUGCUGCUGCCCUUCCGCCCCUCGUCCGACCCCAGCGCCGCCCGCAAUUUCGUUCGCAACUUUUUCAGAGCAGCAUACGAAGGGACAACGCAGUUCACCGGCGAAGGGCUGUCUCAGGAAUUGCGCCUCGCCGAGCCCCUGACUCUGUGCAGCAUCAUGAAGUGGUGUUGGAGCAGGCUGCCCGGCGGCGUUGUCACUUGGGACGCCUACGAGCUUUUCCGUAUCGGGGAAUCGGACUCGAACUUCGCCCGACACGCCUUUGACACCUUCAUACCCCUCAGCGUCGAGACGGAGGCCCGCAAACAGGUCAUAUUUGAUUUCUUCGAUCUCCUGGCCGCAGUAGCCGCGCGGAGCAAGACCAAUGGCAUGGGCGGCAGGAAGCUGUCUCGCAUGGCGGGCUGGUGGGCGUUUGAAUUCUCCGAAGACGGCAAAGGCUUCGAUGGAGGCUAUCGCACAUGGGAAAAGGCCGCCGAUGCUGCUAGCCACCUGUUCUUCGCCUACCUUAGAUCGCUAGCCCCGGACCCGAACGCCAUCGGUGGCAUUUCCUCUCUUCCGCGGUCUCUCCAAGCACUACUAUCACAGACCGAGUAUCCCCCCCAAGCGCCGCUCUUGAUGCAGACUACAACCACAAGGGUGGUUAUGAUCGUGGGUUCGGUCUCGCCUACACCUUUCUCUCUACUACGGCGCGCGAAGAACUUUGAAUACCGCGACGACGACGAAGCGCUGCAGCAGUUUUCCUCGUAUGAAGACACCGUCACUGCAUUGACCGACGAGUGCCGGCGCGUGCUGGGAUGCAUCUCGACAGCCAAUCAGUCAGUCCUCUCGCCAGACGGUGCACGGCAAGAUCCCUCCUGGUCUCGUUUCGAAGAUUUUGGUUUCUCGGGAUUGCUCGACAGCCCCACGAUGAGCACAAAUGGGACGUCGGCUUUGAACAGCCCCCGUGAGUUUUCCAGCCUGCGAGCCGGUCCUCGUUCGAGGAAUACCGACUUUGGUCGUCCUACGACCCCUUCUUGGGCCGAUUUCCUUUCUUCCGGCUUCGCAGAUGAGAACAACCAGCCCUCACCAGCGCCUCUCUUGUUACCGUCCGACAAACUUCCCCCAAUUGGAGAAGCCGCUCGCGUGCACAGCUCUCAAUCACAUAUGCGCAACGGUCUGCUGGUUGAAGAGGAUCUAGAGCCUGGCGAGCUUGCCAGCAUCAGCCGUUUUGAUCUGGAUGACACGUUUUGGUGGGUGUGGAUGACGAGCUUAGCAGGCGAAGAGACCUCAGAUCGCAAGGCCGCAUUUGGCAGGUGUACCUUGAUCGAGACCAAAAUUCCUGGAGCAAAGUGGCUGGUCGUAGAAGAACAGGUCAAAGGUGCUUCUCCCGGCCCUGAGGAAGGCGCUUACAUUGCGGAAAAGAAGUCCAAGUUCAGCUGGACUAGGCGCGGGCGGCUCGGACGACGGAAAUCCACUGGCAAGAAGCCAUCCGGCGCUUCGAAGGAGCCAUACAAUCGAACAACCGCAAACACGCCAAUGAGUAAAACAAGCAUUGGGCCUGACCAACACGCAAGGAUCCAGGCAGCCGCUGCCAGAUUGGCACAAAAUCAGAGAGACCAGCAGGCUUCUCAACAGAAAGCCCAGCGCCGCGCGAGAGUAGACGACACGGCUUCAACCAAGACCAACAGCGUCUUGACGCUACAGCCCCACCUCUUGAGCGAGGCUGCGGCUGCGAUGAAAUGGGAUAAGAAGUUCGGAGAAGGCGCAACGGAGCGCGAUGCGCUCCGUGCGAAGUACCUUGGAGAUGUCUCCACCGGAAGAGGAUCAAGGGACAAUCUCCUGAAGACCGCCAACGGAAGCACCGCUGCAUUGUCUCGGGACCUAUCGAAUCGUGACCUCCCUUCACUACCAACGGAGCAAACAGAAGCUCAAGGCGCAAAGUUCAAUGCUCCGCCGUCCCCCGCUCCGCUGCCCGCCACUCCUACCCCCGAGGCUCUGCAUUCCCAGGCUGCGGAAGCAUCAACAGCUGCCCAAGUACCCCUGCCAAAGCCCUCGCCUCUUCCGCCCGGCUCCCUGGAUGAGAAACCGGUUACACAGCCGGACUAUUUGGAUCAACAUCCAGCAUUAAGAAAGCCGGUACCGGAUCGGAAGCAUGUAGGUGCACCUCACACUGAGGCUUCCGCCAGUGAGGAACCAGCCCCCGCUGCUCCUACUCCAGAACCGAAGAAACCAUCGCCGAAGAAACUGCAUAAGAAGAAGGAGGGUGGGGGUGGUUUCAGGAAGCUGUUCGGGAAAAAGAAAGUUGACACUGCAGCGCCGGCCCCACAGCGGGAAACUGAAGAAGACUCGCGUAUGCGCGAGCUCGAUGCUGCUCGAAGCGUAUCGCGGUUCGAAGACCAUGUGGACACCCCGGCGCGGCAACCGUCACCGACUUUCAGCCUCGAGAAGCCUGAGCCUGUUAUGGCGCGCGCGCCAGAUGUGCAGCCUAGCCCUGCUUUGUCUGCCAUUUCCCACACUUACCGCGAACCCUCGCUUCCGGUCGCACCCAGCCCAACCACGCAUGAGCGGCGAGAGGCUGAGCAAGCCUUCUCGCGGUUUGACCAAGGCCCAAUGGGCGACAUGCCGGCUUUUCUUCCCGAGGACUCCGACGACGAGGACAUGCCAACUGUCCCUCGUCAUCGGCCUCAACACGUGGCUGCUCCGCAUGAGCAGGCCGCACCCAUGCGCGAAGCUCCCCCGCCUCCGAUGGACGACGUAUCGGAGGAAUCAGUAGAUCUGUCCCAGCAAGCCUCUCCUUCGCAAGACCGGUGGGCCCAGAUCAGAAAAAACGCGGCAGAGCGUGCAGCAAGACUAAGCGAAGAACAAUCUCGUCGGAGUCAAAGCCAGAGCGCGCGUACGGACGAGGGCGAAACUAGCGGCGAGGAGACGAUCGAAAGCCGUGUCGCGCGCAUUAAAGCCCGGGUCGCCGAAUUGACUGGCAAUAUGGAAGGGCAGCCACCGGCUGCCGGAGCGAGGCGGUACUAAUUCAUAUGUCUUUGUUCUGAGAAUAUCUUCCGCCGUGCAUUGCUUGCGUGCUUUUGAAGCAUACGAAGAGCUCUGAUACCCCUUUCUCACUGCUUUCUCUACACACAUAAUACCCUUUUAGCGUUCCCUAUCCAUAUGCAAACGUUGUGGAUCUGCUCUUGCUUCGACUUACACUUUUCGUUGGGGAAGCUUACGGUACAUGACGAGGAAGGGGUGUGUGUACUAUCAUUUAACUGGGUGUAAUUCGUCUACGUGUGUAAGAUUCUCCGCAGCACUGCCGCGGGUCAUCUACCCCUAAUCGAUGUUUGGUUUCUAGGUGGAAAAUGAAGUGUUGGGUCCAUGUCUGAGUAAUUUACACCUUAAGGAAGCCGGUCAGUAGAUGCUUCAUUCAAAUCUAGAGCAUUCGCUCCUUUUCUCG